AUGAUCAACUGGAAGGAUCCCGAGGUGAUCGCGUACGACUUCUUCCUCUACGGGCAGAUCGCCGUCUUCCUACUUGGCUUCUACGGGAAGCAUUUCUUUAGCACCUGGAACGUCGAGUGGGAGCUCAUCAUGCGCAAACGUGCGUUCAGGAUCGUCCACAUUCCAUACCUCCUCGCGAGGUAUAUAACACUCUCGGCGCUGCUGUUUUUUGUGAUUUCUGGGCACGUCAAGCUCAAGAUAGCCUGCGACCUUGUGUACAGGACAUUCGCUGUGCACCGUGCGUCCCCUCCUUUCCUCCGGUCGGAAACCGCACCUGAUACGAGUCUCCUUUCCCCGCUCGCUCCUUCCCUUUUGCAGGAUGACAAUGUUCCGGACGCUCAAGAUGCCCAUACCGCUAUACCUCCUUGGAAUAGGAGCGCUCGGCCAGCUCUUCCUGUCAUGACGUAUGCGCCUGCGCGUGCACAACACUAUAUCACAGAGGCAAUCUGGACCGUCCGCGCACGCUGGGACCCCGCGUCGCACGGCUGCGCAGUCGUCACCUGGCACAGCACUUUCCUCGGGAUCCAGUACCUCUACACAUCUUUGUACGACGCAGCGAUCUUGCUCGCGACGCUGUGGGCCGUCCGGCGCGUGCACGAUGGGCGGCGUUGGGGCUUGGGUGACGCGUUGCGCAUGCAAGGCCUGUGCUACCUCGUCGUGACCUGCAUCGCCAAUGUCCCUGUUGCCCUGCUCGCGUUCUUGGACCUCAACACGGCGAUGGACGUAUUGCUCUCCAUGCUUGCUAUGACGAUCAGUGUGGUAGCGUCUUCGCUCACUAUGCUUAGCCUCGAAGACGACGGGCUCGGCUCCGCCCACCUCCCAGACACCAACGGUACGGGGCUUUCCGCACAGUCCGGCUUUAACUCGGGGCAUAGGCACUACGAGUCGGUCAUGGAGGGGAUCACGACGCAUAUCCAUCUGCAUCUGUCGUAA